AUGACCUCAUUGGGCAAAUCAUCCAAAUGGCCGUCCUACGACUCGCUGCCCUCCACUUCAAGCUUCCUCCUCAGCGAGAGCGAGCAGACCGAGGACGAAGCGGACGUCUUCUCAGAGGGAGAGGGCGACGCCGGACUAAGAAGACCUUCCUCGACCGACGAUGGAGUUGCACAGCGUUCUGAAAAUUAUCUCCAUAUCCCACAUCGUCAGCUGCAUUCGAGGUUUAGCGGCCAUCAGCCUAAACUCUGCUCCGACAAACACAGACGCCCUCACGCAGCCUGUUUACCUGGAGCUGCUUCCCUCAGUACUUCCUCAUCGACACCGGGGGACCUGGCGUUCGCUCAGAAAUGUGCUGAUUUGCGCAGGUUUAUCUGUCCUUUGCUUGAGCUUCUACACGGACUAAAGACGGGGCGGUUUGAGAAAGGUCUAACCAGGUUCCAGCAGACAGUUGCCAUUGACAGAUUACAGCGGAUUCUUGGGAUGCUUCAGAAACCUGAAAUGGGAGAGAAAUAUCUUCAAAGUCUGCUGCAGAUUGAGCUGCUGCUCAAAUCGUGGUUCCCCCUGGAGACGACGAGGUCCACAAACGUGUCCGAACAGACCACCGCUCCGACGCUCGGCCCACACAGGCGUCACAACCAGCUCCACAUUCCCGUCAAGAAGAGAAAACUGAGCUGGUCUGCCCCCGACCUCGCUGACGGAGUCCCAGCCAAGCACAUCCACCACCAACACGCCGCCGCGUCACUGGACACCGCUUCGACGCGUCUUCCUCCGUCACCUGAAAGUCCCGCUGCGCCAGAGGGAGACGCCGUCAAACUGACCCCGGACGACUGUGCACCCGGGCCACAGGUCACAGACGGGACUGGCCCUUUAAGUAGGUCUCCACGUUUGUGCAGCAGGAGAGACUGCGAGGAUCGGAAACCUGCUGAGAUUCCUCCGUCCUGUCGCAGCAGCCUGGCCACACAGGACUGCUCGGUGUCUUCAAGCAACGGCAUUACUACAAGCGACUCGCUUUAACCGCCGGCGCCUGACCUUGCUAUCACAUGGAGGCAGCUGAGCACGUCGGGCAGGGUAAAGACAGGAGGCGGACCUGAUUACAUAAUCAGAGAGUGAGGUUGAGCCGGUCUGUGACGCCUGCAAGGCACAUUUAAACAGAGGAGGAGGAGAAACAGAUACUGAUUAACCCCCGACUCUCCAGCCAUUGUUCGGAUGAGAGUUUGCACUAAAUGAUUACAAGGAACGAUUGUUUGUAGGAAGUCUACCUUUUAUUUUAGUAAAUAAAAAGAUAUGGGGAAAAAAAACCACGUGAUCCGUUAAAGUCGUCGUUGCAAUGUUCAGUAUCUUUUGAUAUAAUUUAAAUCGAGUGUUUUAGCAUAUAGGUUUUAUCUUCCAGUUAUUUUGGGAUUAUUAUUGUUUUAUGCAGAGCUCGCUGCGUCUGUUAAACAGUUGUUGUGGCAAUUAGAACAAGGGCGGCUGUCUUAAAGCGUCUUUCCUCCAGAAGCCAGUAUUUUGUGUUCUGUGUGUUUUUUUUUUUGUUUGUUUGUUUUUUUAAGAACGUGGCCCGGAGCCGCGCCUGGACCGAAUCGAUUCUUCCUGCACCCGUUCGCUUCGCCAUCCAGACAAAUCAAGUCCCGGUGGUUCUUAUGUAACCUGCUGACAGACAGUUGUUGUCCACUUCUUGACUUUUUGUUGCCACGUUUACAGAGGAAGCGUGUUUUUAUAAAGAUGAGAUGAUGAAAAAUGACUGACUGUAGCAUGUACUGUAUAAUGGAGAAGAGUAGCUGCGGCCAAAAUGUGCCAAACAAAUCCUUGUUUUUGCAUUUUUUUUUUUAUAUCGUUUUCACCUCACGUUGGUUUAUUUUUAGAAUACUGGUAUUUAUCAUAUACGAGCUUUGUGUCUGCACUAAGGAUUGAAAAUAACGCGAUUGUUGAGGGAGCGGGAAAUUUUCUUCAACGUUCUUCUGUUCGCCUUUUUUUUUUUUUUUUGAAAAUGGAAAAUUUCAGUGUGCUUUUAGGUUAAAAAAAUUAAUAUAUUUAAGCAGGAGUGACUUUGAAUUGAUGCAUCUGCACUUUGGAUGACAACGAGGAAAAUGUUACACGUCUGUGAUCAUCGUUCAUUCACUUCAUGGGCGAACUUCUUUCGGCACUUUGUAGGGAGCAGAUUAGAGCAUCGGGAUGGUUUAGGUUUUUAAAAUUUGGUUUAAAAAGUUCCAAAGGACGUUUCAGAGCGAA